UAAUUUCGUAUGUCGGUCACAGAAGAAAAACACAGUCAGAUUGAAUAUUCUUUAAAUUAAAUUUUGUUGUGAAAAAGUGAUAAUCUGCGAACUUUUAUUUGCAAAAAUUGUACAAUAAUGUCGCUCAAUGUGGAAAUAAAACUCAGAAGAGCUAUUAAUAAAAUAUAUUACGAAGGGGAAACCAUUAGCGGCGUCGUACAGGUAUCCAGCAGUUCCGAAAUCAAACAUGAAGGUAUCGUUCUUUCAAUGGAAGGACUGGUCAACCUCACAAUUAGUAACAAAAACGUGGGAAUAUUCGAAGCCCUGUACAAUUCGGUUAAACCGAUCACUUUGCUCAAUCAACAUACCGAUCUGGCCCCAUCCGGCAAGCUGCCAGCAGGGACGACCGAAAUUCCCUUUGAGCUACCGCUAAUCUGUUCCAAAGAACCGAAGAUUCUCUACGAAACCUAUCACGGAGUGUUUGUCAACAUCACAUAUCUACUGAAGUGUGAAGUAAAACGUAGCUUUCUGGCCAAAACUGCCGUCAAAACACAGCAAUUCAUCAUCCAGUAUCGCCCGAGCCGCCCAUCGGAAAAGAAAUCAGAAGUUAGCUUCUCCAUCAGUCCGGACACGUUGCAAAAGACGGCCAAAGAACGAAUCUCCAUUCCUAGGUUCCUGAUCACCGGAGUGCUAGACUCAACGGAAUCCUGUAUCACUCAGCCGUUCACGGGCACGCUAAUGGUACACCAUACGGAAGUGCCGAUCAAAUCGAUCGAAAUUCAGCUUGUACGCGUUGAAACGUGCGGUUGUGCCGAGGGUUAUGCUCGGGAUGCCACCGAGAUCCAAAAUAUCCAGAUAGCGGAUGGUAAUGUUUGUCCCAAGGUACCCAUUCCAAUUUACAUUACAUUCCCCAGGUUGUUUACCUGCCCAACGCUGAUAACGAAAAACUUUAAAAUCGAAUUCGAAGUAAACCUUGUAGUGAUAUUCGGUGAUGAUUACUUGGUCACGGAAAACUUCCAGAUUAUAUUGAACAGAACUGCCUAAACGUUAAGCUGCACGGUAUCACAAAUAAUAAUUGCACAGUCAAAUCGAACAGU